CUUAGUUGAUGCUGACUUUAAACACCAGAAAAUGCUCAAUGAACGUGACUUUCAGUAUUUGAGAUUCAGUUGGAGCCAACUAACAGUGCCUCUCAGACAAAAACCAUGUCCCGUGCCUGUGAAAAUACCGUUGUUGUGGGGUGUGGAGCGGUGUCGGUGGAUUUCUUGGCUACUGUUGCAGCUUAUCCAAAACCAGAUGAAAAAAUCAGAACCACUUCCUUCAAGGUUCAAGGAGGUGGCAAUACAGGCAAUGCCUUAACAUGUGCCUCUCGAUUAGGACUCAAACCAAGAAUAAUUUCCAAGGUUGCUGAUGAUACUCAAGGCAGGGAAGUAUUACGUGAGCUAGAAGCUGAUGGGGUAGAUACAUCCUUCAUGGCUGUUUCUCAGGAGGGAACUACACCAUUUACGUAUGUCAUUGUGGACAGCCAAAAUAAGUCCCGUACUUGUAUUCAUACCCCAGGAUAUCCACCAAUGAAGCCAGUUGAUUUUCCCAAGUCAAGUUUGUUAACUGCAUUGAAUGGGGCAAAAAUUGCUUAUUUUGAUGGAAGAUUGCAUGAAACGGCUAUAGUUGUUGCACAUGAGGCAGUUAAGAAGAAUAUACCUAUCUUAAUGGACGCAGAAAGGCUGAGAGAAGGAUUGGAUGAUCUCCUGAAAUUAGCAGAUUAUGUUGUGUGCGCUGCAGAGUUUCCACAGGCAUGGACAGAGGCAUCAACAGUUCCUAAAGCAUUAGUUUGUAUGCUUUUAAGGUUGUCCAACAUCAAAUUUGUGAUUGUAACUUUGGGAAAAGAUGGUUGCAUAAUGCUUGAGAGAAGUUUUAAUGAGGGUCCUUCCACUGAAGAAAUGGAUGUUGACCAAUUACUGGAAUCCCUGGAGAUGAGAAAGAACAGAAGCUCACACAUCCCAACCUGCAUAUCAUCAUCAGUGACAAAAUUGCACGCAGAAGGUAUAGGAACAGUUUGUGGUAAGUUAUACGUUGGAACAGCUGAGAAUAUACCGCCAUCAGAGCUUAUUGAUACAACUGGUGCUGGAGAUGCAUUUAGUGGAUCUGUUCUCUAUGCGAUCUGUGCCAACUUCACACCAGAGAAAAUGCUGUGCUUUGCUGCUACUGUGGCAGCUUCCAAGUGCAGAGCUAUAGGAGCAAGAACUGGUCUCCCUUACCACACAGAUCCAUGUCUGGCAUCCUUCAUGAACUAGCAUUCUAUACCACUGAAGUGAGCUAUAUGUUUUAAGAAUAAAGUUUUUGGUCAGAAGAAGUGAUGCAAUGUUGGACAUUUCUGCUGCACUCUUCUUUGUUUCCACAAAUGGCAAAUUUGAAGGCAAAGCCACUUUAACCCUUCUUUGUGGUGCACAAAAUUUACUUCCAAACUCUUUUCACAUAAUUAAUCCCUGCUAUGUCUAUGCAAGUGCCAAGAUAGCAUUCCACUUUUUUUUUUAUAAUUUAUUCCCUUCUGAAGAUCACAUGGUCUUUGAGUAUAUAAUGCUUGAUAUAACUUUUCAAAGUUCCAUUUUCACGUUAAUUAAUUCCUUCACGAA